UCAGAAUGGGCGGGGCGCGCUGUCGGGGGCGGCCGUGCGCGUGGCGGGGCCACGUCCCCUGCGCGAGGCCGUGGGAACCGGAACCGGAAGCGCCGAGCACCGGCUGGUUUCCGCGGGGCCGCGAGCUGGGAGCGUCUCUGGCGGGGCGCCCCGGCCUGGGUAUCGGGCGGGCGGCGCUGGGCGGCGGGGCGGGCUCGGGGCCGCGCUGGGGGAGCCGGGCCGGGGCCGGGGCCAUGUCGGGGAACGGCAAGACCCGCCUGCCGGACAGAUGGACCGACUAUCUCCCGCUUGGACAAAGAAUGCCGGGUACUAGGUUCAUCGCUUUCAAAGUUCCUUUAAAAAAGAGUUUUGAAUGGAGACUUGCCCCAAAAGACAGAUUUUCUCCUUUUGACCUCCUUAAGAAAAUUAGAGAACAGAAAGAAGAACUUGGCAUGAUCAUUGAUCUAACAUACACAACACGCUAUUAUGGACCAGAGGAGCUACCAAAGACACUGUGCUACUCCAAGAUCUUGACGGUUGGACACGAAGUACCAGAUAACGAAACAAUUUUUAAAUUUAAAUGUGCCGUGAAAGAGUUUUUACGGGAGAACAGAGAUAACGAUAAACUCAUUGGAGUUCACUGCACGCAUGGCUUAAACAGAACUGGUUACCUCGUUUGUAGGUACCUAAUUGAUGUUGAAGGCAUGGAACCAAAUGUCGCUAUAGAGUUGUUCAACAGGUCGCGAGGGCAUUCUAUAGAGAGGAAGAACUAUAUUGAGGACCUUCAGAAGGGCCCCAUCAGAAUGAACCAUGCUGCAGAUGGACAAGGAUUUGAUUUGAUCAAAGGACAAAGCAGCAUGGCACCAAAUUUGGAUUUCCAAGUAGCUGGACAUCAUCUGUAUUCAGAACAGCUCCCCCUGGCAGACAGCUGGCUCUUCCCUUCUUGGCGAGGAAAAAGAGAACAAAGAGCCCUGUACCCUGUCAGGAAUUUCCACGGAGUUUACAACCAUGGGAGAUCUGCUUAUUACAAGGAAUAUGUCCCUACAGCCAACCUGGCCCAGCAAACACCCCCUUACAACUUGGGACCUGUCAACUACCCCAUUCCCCUACCUUAUAACAAACAGUAUAAUGGUUACAACGGACCAUACUUUCCAGUGCAAAAUCCUUACCAUAUACACCAGGAAAUGUAUAAAAUGAAAACCUCCAGAAGACCCAAAAGGAAUGACUAUACAAAUUGAUGUGAGGGUCUCAUCUGGUGGAAGAACUUGGAAGUCCGCUAUAUGGAGUACACUCUGUGGGUUUUUAAUCUAGAAGCUUUAUUCAAGAAUGAGUCUUUUAUUCCUUCUAAUCCCUUUGCUGUGGUGCCCAUUGCUGGCCAAGUGCCAGUCAGGAAACACAAAGGAAGGAAUCAUUAAUUUUAAUAUUGAGACUGUUUCUAAAAGUUUUAUUUUUCCUAACCACCUUCAUAACAAACCCUCACCUUUUUACUGUAUUAAAAUAUUGUGACAUCCAUGUAACAAUGACUUAUAGAGUUCUAAAUGGACACCCAGGAUAAACAUGGACCCAAACUGAAUAGGUGGUUCCCAUGAGAAAUGUUGUGCAUUGUUUAAACUCUAAGGGAAUUGUGUUUUAAACAAAUGCCUUCCCCUGCAGUUGUUUAUAACCAAAGCAUAGCAUGGCAAUACCUGGAAAGGUAACCACAGUGAAACUGAAUAGUAGAGCUGGCCAGAGAUCAGCCUUUCCGUCCAUGAAGAAAACUCAAAUUUUUGAGAACUUUCAUCCCAAAGGUCAAAUUAAAAAAAACUUCAUGGGAAGGAAAGACUGAAAAAAUCCCACUUUAUUGAUUUCCCACAGAAUUCUAUGGCUUGCUGCCCAGCUCCCUAUGAAGUCUGAUUUCUGGUUGCCUGUUUUCCAUCACAAGAUCUGUCUAAAUUUGUGGGUUUCUACACAAUGUUUCAAUUUUGAUGAAUUGGCAUUUUGCCAAAGGAAAACCCCCCUGGAAAACUUAGGACCAGAUCUACUUAAUAGCCUAAUUUUUCCAUUGUCCAAGAGGAGUAAAAUCUAGCGUAAUCACUUUCAUUUUACAUUGUUUUAAACAUGUUUUUAACCUUAGUAUUCUCCUAAAUGUAACAGGUGAGGGACUGGGUGGCUCUAGGAAGCCCGAAGGUUGGUUGUUCGGAUCCAGUCCAGAUUGAAAUUGAAUGUCAGCAAGGUCAUUGCUCCUUAUUCACUACCCAUGAAACAGGUUUCUGCUGCAGACCACCAUGGAUAUCACUCUAUGUGGCAGUCUCGCAGAGGCCAAGGAUGGAAAUAGAGACUCCCUCCUUACUGCAGAGCUGAUCAGUGUGGAGGCACAUGGUCAUUUAUGUCCAUGAGACUUGCAUUCCUGCUCUGUGGAGAAACAGAGGAGCCUGAUCUCCAGGGCUUUCAGCCUGGCACCUCUUUUUACCAGCACUAUAUUCAAGGAUGUUCAAAGCAAUUUGCUCAUGCCCUUUAAGGGAGGCUAACAUAAUGGUCCUAGUUCUGUGAGAACAUGGGAAAGAUAGUGUCACUUAAGCUUUGUCUUCACUGCUUAAAAAGGGAAUUUCUUUGCACCAAGAUAAAUGCAGGGCUGUUCUUAAUGUAACAUCCUAAGUGGAGACAAGGCACUUGUGUUUUCUUGGAGGUGGUUGGGUUUAGCAGGUCAGUACCUUUCCUAGCUGCUGUGGUUUCUAUUCCUGGCUCUUUCUGAUGUGCUGUUUGACUUUGUACUUAACUUGCCUGUACUUCAUUUUCCUCAUCUGUAAAAUUGGGUUAUUUCCCCACACCCAUCUUUGUAAAAUUAUUUUAAGAUCAUUGGAUAGAAGGAGUUAAAAGGCUAGCUCAGGACUUUUUGUGCAGGAUGUUGGCAUUUGGAGUUUACUGUGCUGGAGAAAUGGGACUGUUAUGAGAGUGUGGUAUAUUAAAAAUUUUUUUUGCAAGGAAAA